UGUGUUUACGGCUUGUUUGUAAAUCCAGAGUGCGCACUAAUUCGCUGUGUAAGUUUUAAAAUAGGCCCACAGAUUAAGAGCUUAACUAUCCCGGCAAAGGCUUCCUUAAGCCUCUGCUUAGAAGGUCACGUCUCAACUGUGCUCGCCGGAGAAGUAGCUAGCUGACACUGACAGCGGCUAACGUUAGCACUUAGCAACAGUUGAGUUCAUCCGACAGUAAACAUGCAGGAAUGGGCCAACCAACUAUGCGAGAACCGACAAUUUGGAUCCAAGAUGACAGACUCCAAGUAUUUCACUACCACCAAAAAAGGUGAGAUCUUUGAGUUGAAGGCUGAGUUGAACAGCGAUAAAAAAGAGAAGAAGAAGGAGGCGGUGAAGAAAGUGAUUGCAUCUAUGACAGUUGGCAAGGAUGUCAGUGCGCUCUUUCCAGAUGUUGUGAACUGCAUGCAAACAGACAACCUGGAACUGAAAAAACUGGUCUACCUCUAUCUGAUGAACUAUGCCAAGAGUCAGCCAGACAUGGCCAUCAUGGCUGUCAAUACCUUUGUUAAGGACUGUGAAGACCCUAAUCCUUUAAUUCGAGCCCUGGCUGUUCGUACCAUGGGCUGCAUUCGGGUGGACAAGAUCACAGAAUACUUGUGUGAGCCUCUGAGGAAGUGUUUAAAGGACGAAGACCCUUAUGUGAGGAAGACUGCAGCUGUGUGUGUAGCAAAACUCCAUGACAUCAACGCACAGCUGGUGGAGGAUCAGGGCUUCCUGGAUACCCUCAAAGACCUCAUCUCUGAUUCAAAUCCCAUGGUGGUUGCAAAUGCAGUGGCAGCACUGUCAGAGAUUGCGGAGUCUCAUCCCAACAGCAAUCUAUUGGACCUGAACCCACAGACCAUCAACAAGUUGCUGACCGCUUUAAAUGAGUGUACAGAGUGGGGUCAGAUCUUUAUUCUUGACUGUCUAGCCAAUUACACACCUCGAGAUGACCGCGAGUCUCAAAGCAUAUGUGAACGUGUCACACCGCGGCUCUCCCAUGCAAACUCGGCUGUGGUGUUGUCUGCUGUCAAAGUCCUGAUGAAGUUCAUGGAGAUGUUGCCCAAAGACCUGGACUAUUAUGGAACACUGCUGAAGAAGCUGGCCCCUCCUCUUGUCACUCUCCUCUCUGCAGAGCCUGAGUUGCAAUAUGUAGCACUGAGAAACAUCAACCUCAUCGUUCAGAGACGGCCCGAGAUCCUGAAACAUGAGAUGAAAGUUUUCUUCGUCAAGUACAAUGACCCCAUCUAUGUCAAACUGGAGAAGCUGGAUAUCAUGAUCCGCUUAGCAUCACAGGCUAAUAUUGCCCAGGUGCUUGCUGAGCUGAAGGAAUAUGCCACUGAGGUGGAUGUGGACUUUGUCCGUAAAGCCGUUCGAGCCAUUGGACGAUGUGCCAUUAAAGUAGAGCAAUCGGCAGAGCGCUGCGUCAGCACGCUGCUCGACCUCAUCCAGACUAAGGUUAACUAUGUUGUGCAGGAGGCCAUCGUGGUCAUCAAGGAUAUAUUUCGCAAGUAUCCUAACAAGUAUGAGAGUGUGAUUGCCACUUUGUGUGAAAACCUGGACUCACUGGAUGAGCCGGAGGCACGUGCAGCAAUGAUUUGGAUUGUGGGGGAGUAUGCUGAGCGUAUCGACAAUGCUGAUGAACUGCUGGAGAGCUUUUUGGAGGGGUUCCAUGAUGAAAGUACUCAGGUGCAGUUGCAACUUUUAACCGCCAUUGUUAAGUUGUUCCUCAAGAAGCCGACAGAAACCCAAGAGCUGGUGCAGCAGGUGCUCAGUCUGGCAACUCAGGAUUCUGACAAUCCAGACCUUAGGGACCGUGGCUACAUCUACUGGCGUCUGCUCUCUACCGAUCCGGUGGCUGCUAAGGAGGUUGUUCUGGCCGAGAAGCCUCUGAUCUCCGAGGAGACGGACUUGAUUGAGCCCACGCUACUGGAGGAGCUCAUAUGCCACAUCGGCACUCUGGCCUCGGUCUAUCACAAGCCACCCAGCGCCUUUGUGGAGGGCAGCCGCGGUGUUCAGCACAAGAGACUUCCUGGCAGUGCUGGAUCUGGGGAAAGUGUGGAAAGCCCAGAUGCAAACACUGCUGCUGUCGCCUCUGAGGUGCCCCCUGCUGUCAUCCCAUCCCAGGGAGACCUUUUAGGAGAUCUCCUCAAUCUAGACCUGACACCUACAUCCACAACUGGGCCACCACCAGCCUCCUCUGGGAUGCAGAUGGGGGCUAUGGACCUUCUUGGAGGAGGUUUGGAUAGCCUGAUGGGGGAUGAGUCUGAGCCGUUGCCCGUUCCUCAGCGGACGGAUACUCCUCAGUCACCGCAGCCCCCCCAUCAGUCCCCAUCACCCCCAGAUUACUGCUCCACAGAGCUUGGCGGAGACCUUGGAGGAAGUCCGGCUAUCGCGUCUGGUUUAGGUGCUCCGCCUGUUGCAGUGCCGCCGUCUUUCACCGCCCCUGUGAGUGGUGGUCUGGAUGACUUGUUCGACCUUGGAGGUGGAGUUGGUUUGCCAGCAGGAUCUUAUGUACCCACUAAAACCGUAUGGCUUCCAGCUACGAAGGCUAAGGGUCUGGAAAUAUCAGGCACUUUUGGCCGCCGAGCUGGGGUCAUUCAAAUGGAAAUGACCCUCACAAACAAAGCAAUGAGUGUCAUGACUGAUUUUGCAAUUCAGUUCAACAGAAACAGUUUUGGUUUGGCUCCAGCCGGACCUCUACAAGUUCUUACUCCGGUUAGCCCAAACCAGAGUAUAGAAGUGGUCCUUCCCCUCAAUACUGUGGGACCUGUAAUGAAGAUGGAGCCUCUCAAUAACCUACAGGUGGCCGUUAAGAACAACAUUGACGUCUUCUACUUCAGCUGCCAGUACCCUAUCAGCAUGCUGUUCCUCGAGGAUGGGAAAAUGGAGCGACAGGUAUUCCUCGCCACAUGGAAAGAUAUUCCGAAUGACAAUGAGUUGCAGUUCCAGCUCAAAGACUGCCAUUUCAACUCAGAUGUUGCCUCAAGCAAACUGCAGGGCAGCAACAUCUUCACCAUAGCCAAGCGGACUGUAGAGGGUCAAGAUAUGCUGUACCAGUCCAUGAAACUUACCAAUGGAAUUUGGGUCCUGGCUGAGCUGAGGGUGCAGGCCGGAAGCCCCAACCACAUGGUCUCUCUGAAGUGCAGAGCCCCCGAGGUUUCCCAGUGUGUUUUCCUGAGCUAUGAAGCAGUGUUGAAGAACUGAGAAAAAAAACACUGAUGGGCCAGUUGCUCUCCUCUUCUUCUCAGCCCUUGGCAACUUUACACCCGUUGCUGUAGUCAGUUUGUCUUUCAUCCAGCGGCUUAUUUUGUUUCAUCUUUUAUUUCCAAAUACACAUUUUGUCUUUCUGAUUUUCCCUUCGAUGAUUUUGAUUCUUACCUAAUUUAGUGUGUCUCCUACUAAAUGACCUGAAUGAUGCACAUGUGCUGGUCCAGCUCUCGACUCAGCUUGAGCCACCUGUCAUCAUUUCGACUGCUUCCUUGGUUUGGAGUUGUCGUGUUUUUAGUGUGGAGCAUCACGCUCUGUAUACUUACUCCUUUUGAAUUGCAUUGCCCCCCAUGUAAGCUUUAACUCUUCUUCCGCGGGUGUUAGAUGGAAGUUGGUUGUCUGGGGAUAUAUAGCAUAGCAUGUUUCUGAAAUCUUUAGGCUCAUAUCUGGAUUUUUUUUUUUAAUAAACUGAAGCAGCUCUCUCUUUAUCAUAGUCAUUCCAGUGUUCUGGUGUAGAGUGUGGAGUGGCCUGGAGAUGAAGGCUGAGGAGGAAUAACUCUAAAUGAUGAAGUUUUGGUUUGUAACAUUCUCAAGUAAUCAGUGUGCGCGUUUGUAUAGCUGGUAAGAACAGCACUCUGUCUCUCAUCCUGUGUGUGAAGGACGCCUUCUGUGAAAAUAAUGUUGGAUCAGAUUCUUUUUUUUUGAUUGACAUAAUUCUGUUCGUUUUGUGUAUGUCAUCUGAAAGAGAUAUUAAAAAGUCUUGAUCAAUUAA